AUAACAAAAAAACACUUCACUGACUUCAGUUGAAUGGUAGAAUUGUUGAGUUUUAAAACCGUAGCACGGGUUGUUUUUGUACAAUUGUAACUUAUUCAUGUUGGUACACGACAAGAAGACGAAAUGAGCUUUAAGAAAUCCAACAAAAACAUAAAAUCAUUUGUUAGCGAGGAAGAGGCAAAAGAUCUGAACGAGAAACGACAGAAAGAAUGGGAAAGAGUCAGACAACCAGACGACCCUGUGGAAUGCCCUGAUCAUGUGGAAACUCGUAGCUUGUUUGAGCAACUCCAGGAGCAAAAGGAAAAAUCACAACAAGAACAUGAUGAGAAAUAUGAUAUAAAAAAGAUGUUUCGUGGUAUUGACAACGACGAAGCUGUAUUUCUUGAGUUUGCUUCAAAGCAGCAAGCCGAGAUUGAUGGGAGGCGAUUUGCUGUUACUCCUGAAGUGAAGGAAUUUAGAAACGAGGUUGCAAGUCUCCAAACAAUGCCCAAUCCAUCCUCUGUGUUAGACGAAAAGGAGAAGAGAAAGUCAAAUGUAAUGUUGGGUAAAAAAAAGUCUCAAGUUGAGCUUUUGGCAGGGUGUAUCAAAACAAAGAGGAAAAGGAGUGAUACUAAUAGCAGUGAAGAUGAAAAAUCUGUGGAAAAAAUGCCGGCCAAUCCAGAUGAAACACUAGUACCUAGUGAAGUGGUGAAGGAUGACGUGAGGAAAAGCUCACAUUUGGAAGAUAAAGCUGGUGUCUCAUCGCGGGAAAGUGAAAAACUCGACAGGACAGGUUCUAUUGACAUUGAUAACACGACUGUAGCCCAGCAAAUCGGUUAUAUUCCUAGUUUAGGGAUUUACUCUGAUUCCAGUGACUCAGAAUCAUCUUCAAGUGACUCAGAUAUUUUACCCUCGUUGUUCACUAACUUCACCUCAAAAGCUCAAUAGUGGAACAAUGUGUGCUUUUCUUCAACUUCAUCGGCGGAACGAACAUACGCCGUUGGGCGUAGCUCCAGGAAGUAACGAUCGAAGGCAAUCAAUUGACCAAAUGCCUUUCAAAGAUUUCUAUGAUCAUAUAUUUAUUAGUGAAAACUAAACGUAUGUCAUUUAUAUGAAAAGCAAAUCCACCAACGAUUCUCGUUAUCAAACUUGAGAAUUUUUUCAUCUAGCAUGCAGUAACACGAGUUCUUACAUGAGGUGAUUGCACAAAUGUAGUCCAACUUUUAACUGGAUGUUUUAGCAAAAGCUUUGAUGAUUUAAGGUGCAUGGUGUGUCCUGUAGAACGUUGGUCGAACGAAGUAUGGAUGGGUCAUAAAUUAUCUUCAAUUUGGUUGUAUCAAAAGCGAUUUAUCUAAUUCUGCACUUCCUUUGUUUUCUUUUCAUUGAACAGAAUCAUAUAUAUGUGUCGCUGAUAGAUGGGUAAAAAGUUUUUGAAAAAAAAUUCAAUAUGCAUACAUUGUAAAGAUGCUAAAGUUGUGAGUGCAGUGGAAUAAUUUAGAAUACAAUGGUCGCAAACAAGUAAGUGGAUCUUACUACCAAGUCUUGUUUUACUCUCCAUAUUCCGAUAGACCUAACCAGAGCGCUUAUAUACUCUAUAAGCGCCCUGGACCUAACUGUAUUUUUUGCUAUAUCCAACACAUUUACUCAAAAAUUUAAUAAAACAGUUUACAUUCACGGAAAAUAUAGUUAUAAAAAAAAAAUAAACUCUAAAUACAAGGUAAAAAUUGUUUUACAAGGAAUAUGCAUGCGUAUAAAUUGAGGAUAAUCAUCAAUUACCACUUCACAAGCAUACUGGUAAUUUCGAUCCCGUUUUACGUUAAUUAUUAAGUCUGUUAGGAACAGGUCUGAGGUUUCUGUUAGAAACCCAUUUCCUUCACGUUUUUCGCUUGUGAUCCCGGCUGCUUGAAAGAACUGCCACCAUAACCAUCGUCAAUGCUUCCAGUCUCGUCCAAGUCUACCCCCAAAUCUUCCAUGUUCCCUCUGGUUAUGAACGCCAUCACAUUUUCACCGAACCUUUGGCCCUGAGGGCAGGUGGGUAGCGAAGCGGAGGCCAUCUGAACUCGACUCAUCAAGCUGCCCAUGCCGCUUUUGCAAACAGGUUUCACCUUGGCGAAGACGCACUGGACCACGUAGGCCAGAAGUGUGCAGAACGUGGCGAAGCACAGGGGACCUGGGAGGAUCACUAACAAUGUCGUCAAACCCAGGCCUAUGAUGGUUCCUUGGACAACCAGCAGUCCCGUGAGCAUGACGAGGAAAAAUCCAAGAACUAUCGCCAGGAAUAUUGCCACUGGUAUACAAGUGCUUACAAGGAGCAAGCCAACGAAUAUGCUCGUGUUUGGCCGCUUUUCAAUGAACUGACGUGCGACGUUUGCUACUUCCAUUUCCAAGAAUUUUCUAACAACUGUAAUCGAUAUAACUGUGUAUGCGAAAUAAAUCAAAAACGCAAGACUGUGACGUCGCUAAUUGAAUAUGUGGCUUU